AUGGCUGCUAAACGACUACUAGCUGAUAUCGACGAUAAUCAUGAUAAUAAAAAUUCAAGUGAUUUUAAAUCUGGAUUAAAAGUGCAAAACGGCGAGAACAAACCGCCUAGUUAUUUAGCAAUGAACGAUGAACCAGCAAAAAAACGUCGAAAAAGCAUGGACUCAAAUGUGAAUGAUCAAACCGAUUCAAUUAAAAUAUCAACAACUAUCAAAGAAGAAGAAUACGAAAAUAUUCCAGAAAAUCAAUUAGACAAAGAACUCGAACAAGAAGAGCAAAAAGCUGAUAAUAUAGUUAUUAGAGAUAUUAUGGGUUCAGUUAAACCGGAAUCAAAUAAGAAAAUGAGUGACGAAGAACGCCGUACACUUUAUGAUAAUGUUUAUUCGAAAUUACUUGUACUUCUUGAGCGUUGCCAAAAAUAUGUUCAUCAUCUUAAUAACAAAAUUAAACAGUCUAUGGCCGAUCAUGGACAUAAAAAGAAGACUAAAAAGCACGACGGUGAAGAACAAACAAAAUCAACUGAAGAUGAUAUAAAACGAACUGGAUUACUAAAGAAAUAUUAUGACAUGACUGACAAAGAUAUAGUAGCUCGGCAGCCGAAAUUAUUUGUUGGAUCAUUGAAACCUUAUCAAUUAGCUGGUCUCGAAUGGCUACGUACAUUACACGAGGUCGGUCUUAAUGGAAUUCUUGCUGACGAAAUGGGUCUUGGUAAAACUGUUCAAGUCAUUGCAUUUAUUUGCAGUUUAGUUCAAGAUGGAGCACCUGGCCCAUUUCUUGUUGUUGCCCCACUUUCGACACUAACUAAUUGGUGUACUGAAUUUGCUCGAUUCGCACCAGAAGUCACCUGUAUGGUCUAUCAUGGUAAUAAAGAAAAAUUGGCUGAACUACGCAAUAAAAUAUAUCAACAUCGUCAAACCAAAAAAGCAUCACCUAUUGUCUUAAUUACAGCUUACCAUAUUAUUGUUAGUGACAAAGCAUUUUUUAAACGAGAGCAAUGGCCAUUAUUAGUUGUUGAUGAAGGUCACCGAUUGAAAAAUCCAAAAUGUCAAUUAAUGGCUAUGCUUCGUCGGAUACAUACAGGCAGUCGAUUUCUAUUAACUGGUACACCUGUUCAAAAUAACAUGAGCGAAAUGUGGUCAUUAAUGAAUUUUCUUUUACCGGAAAUAUUUGAUGAACCCGAAGUAUUUGAACGUUAUUUUGAAAUCGAUUCCAUGAGUAAUUCAAAAAUGAAUUUUAAAGAAGAACAAGAACGAUCGGUUUUAUCAAUUUUUCAUCAAAUUCUUAUUCCAUUUAUUCUACGUCGUCGAAAAGGCGAUGUUAAUUUAUAUUUACCACCUAAAAAAGAAGUAACUGUAUAUACAAAAAUGACUAGCCUUCAAGUCAAAUGGUACAAUAAACUUGUUGAUGAAAUAAUUCGCCGUUAUAUUGAUGAUCGUAAAAAAGAUGAUUUUGUACAAGUUUUUGACGAUACUAAACGGCUACGAAGUCAACGUAAAAAUGAAAUUCCCACAUUGGAAUUAAAAGAAGAUGUUAUAGCAAAGAAAAUUACUGGUCGAAGCGUUGUAUUUCCACUUCUUCGUGCUUGUACUCAUCCAUAUUUACUUGAUGCACCACGAGAUGAGAAUGGAGAAAUUAUUGUCAAUGAAGAUUUAAUAACAAGUAGUGGAAAAUUUAUUUUAUUAGAUAAAAUGCUUGGAAAAUUACGUCUAAACAACCAUAAAGUUUUAAUCUUUUCCACGUUGGUCAUUUUUCUCGAUUUACUUGAAGCAAUGUGUGAACAUAGAAAUUAUGGCUAUACAAGACUUGAUGGAAAUACAAGUUUUGACGAAAGAAUUGAUGCUAUUUCAACAUUUAAUAAAGAUCCGGAUGUUUUCAUCUUUUUAAUCAGUACAAGAGCUGGUGGUUUAGGUUUGAAUUUAAUGGCAGCUGAUACAGUUGUUUUAUUCAAUUCAGAUUGGAAUCCAAUGAUUGAUAUGCAAGCUCAAGAUCGUGCUCAUCGUAUUGGUCAAACCAAGCCUGUCAUUGUUUAUCGUUUUAUUGUUCGUAAUACGAUUGACGAGCGUGUAUAUAAACGUGCUUGUUCAAAACAAAUUAUGGAAAAAUUAAUUGUACAUGACGAACUUAAACAAGGUUUCGAUGCAUAUGAAACAGUUUUAUCAUUUGAUCCACAAGGUGAACAAGCUAAAUCAAUUAAUUUAGCCGAAUUAGUUGAAGGCAUUACAAAAAUUGAACAGCGAACAAUUAUUACGGAAAAUGAUGUUAUAUCAGAGGAACAUAUUGAUCGCUUAUUAGACCGAUCUGACUUAAUUGAAGCAAUGAACUGUGAAGAAGAUAAACGAAUAAAUCAACUUAGCCAUAAAUGCCUUUAUUAG